AUGAAGACAAUUUUAGGAUUUUUGAUUCUUGGCUUAUUUGCUGUGUCUAGUGUUCAUUCUGGCGGCAACACAGGCUGCUCUGAAAAUUACACAUUGUUUGCAAGCUUGUCAAUGGAUAUCCAAAACUUUAUCGAAACACAAAUCAACAACAACAUCGAUUUACAACUUUCUGAUUUAUUGUUAGUAGUUCAGAGAAAAAUUGGCAAUAUAUUAGCAGGUGAUGCGGGUAGUCUCGUACCAACAACUCAAGAUGAGAGCAUUUUGGAAUCAUUUACGAUUGGCGGAGAAACAGCUGCAUUGUGCAUCGUUCAAUUCCUUCUUGGAGCUUAA